CGGGAAUCGAGCGUAUCGCCAUCAAUUUUUUGCUGGUGACUACGACCACGCAUCUCCACCAACCGAUUGCCCGCCUUGCCGCACAGCAAACCAACGACUGCGGCUCAAACUCCAGCACACUCUCCACCAAGCAUCCGCCCAUCUUCAGACACCAUGCCUCCCAAAGGUGUUCGCGUUCAGGUCGCCCGCCGCGGCCAACCAAAGGUGCAGCAGAGGGGCUACGUCGGCGCCGCAUACGAUGCCUUGACCUCGCCAGAGCAUGCAUCUGUCGUCCGCAGCGUUGCUGCCUUCGGCGUUGGAGUCGCCAUCUUGUCGAGCUCCUGGGCCGAGAUCUUCCUGCCGUAUGCCUGAAUACGGCCUGAGGAAGGCGGCACGCCGAGCCAGAGGAGACAAAUAACAAAAAAGAACAAUCGGGCCAAGGGCCCAUAUCAUAUACUUCUUUGGGCAUCGAGGGCAGGCCAGAGAUCUCGGGACUCGUGGUCCGCUUCCGGUGGGCGCUGUACCACCAACAAAACCACAUCAUCCAUGUAAUUCUACUAGUACACGAACCCUGUAGCGACGGGGUUCCUAGGCGAGCUGCCUUGUACGAUGCCGAUUUCUUCACGAACUCGAUAGACAUGAACUCGUAUGCAUCUGUUGACUUGGAUGGAGGUCUUGUGACCCCUCCCAUAUUGCCCUUUUCUUACCUGUCUAUGCUUUAUAAAACUCGCAUGUUCUCUCUAGUUUCUCGCGUACAAAUAACACUGCCUUCUUUUACGGUCCACGAGAAUUUCGGAAGUUCUAUGGCGAUGGCGU